UAAGUUUAAGCCCCUUAUUCUCCCUCUCUGGGAACCUGGGAUUGUUUGUGUUUCUGGGUGAGGAACAAGCUCACUAGUUCCUGUAACCAGUCAGGGAAGGGGAAAUGGAAAGUAAAGAAAAGAGAAGCCAGAGAGCAGAAGUCCAUUGCCUGAUAGCUCUUCUCUAUGCAUUCCCAUCUCCCCUUGUGUCCACCGACACAGCAAAUGUGUGAGUGCAUGUGCAUAUGCACACACACACAAACACCCCACCUCCGACUAUCCCUCCUACUCCCUCAUCUUCAGUGGCCUCUCCCUGGACCACACAGGUGAGUGCCCGAACCUGCUGUCACCAUGGCGACUGCUCAACACCAGCAGAUGGUAUAGGAAUAUGUGUCCAUGGAGUUCUCUAGCUCCACCACCCACAUGGAGACCUUCUCCCAGACAACCAAGACCGUGGGAGAGUGGCUGACCUCAGAUGACUCAGGCAACUACAGGUACAUUACAAACAAUAAGCACACAGAUGCCAUUACACUGUCCUUGCUGACAACAGAGUCUAGGGUUUCCCUGACCCAAAAAAAGAAGCAGGAGGUGACAAACGAAAAGGAGAUGCUGAUGACUUGGGCCAAGGUACCCAGUAAGGACUUUGCAAAGGUCUAUGUGGAGUAUGGCUCCCCUGACUUGGGAAGGCUGCUCAAAAUAAAGAGGGAAAUAGAAGUGGAGGGAUAUGGAGCCUACAGCUCUGGUCAGCUCAUGAGGUAGUUGGGUACCAAGUGCACGCUGGUUACCACUAACAUAAACAUGAGCAAUGCCAGUGCCUACAGCCUGAGUGGGAGAUACGUGGAUAAGCACCAUGGCAAUGAGCCAAAGGUCAUGGAAGAAGUGAAACUGGUGGCAGUGACCGUGCAGACAGCUGUGUUUGAGAUCCACCCCUCCAAGGAAGAGAAUGACUCUGCGUGGCAGUUCAAAGGAAGGGGUAACAAGUAUGAUCUCAGACCAUCUGAGAAUGGUCUGACUCACACAGUUAAGAUCAAAAAUGCCAGACUCAGCAACAUUCUGUCUACGGGCCUUCCCUUUAGAUCUAUGAGCAGCUUCAAAAAUGCAUGUGUAAAAGAGAGGAGCCGCUCACCCCUUGAAUGUGAGCUGAUGUCUAAGGAUGCAUCAGUAGCCUGAGAGGAAGAUGGGUGACUGCUGUCAAAUAGCCUCAAGUACAGUGCGAGCCACACAGGCAAGCAAACUGAGUUGGUCAUUAGUGAUACACAGAGCGGAGAUGACAGGGAAUACACCACAGUGGCCAUGGAGGAUGGGCACCCUGUGAAUACAGCAAUUCUGACCAUCUCCAGCAACCCUAGUUAUCCCAAACUUCUUGAUCCCAACCAUCCCUUACUCCCUCUCCAUGACUGCUCCACACUGCCUCUUACCACCUCACAUCUGGCAACCAUGAAGAGUGGCAUGUCAACCAUGCACUCAGCCCUGGCUGAGUUGUGUAUGACAAAAGGAGAUGUUGACUUGGCCAAUGCUUGCACUCAUACAUGCUCCUCCUCACCUCAGAUCACAAGCUUGCCUGGUAUGUCGAUGGUAAAGCAGGGUGAGGAAUAACAUGCUCAUUUUCCCAACAUGGACACGAAGCAUGAAUGAAAAUACACAUUCUGGGAAAACGGCACAGAAAAUGAAGUCUCCGUAUCCACUGUAGGUAAGGCCCUCUAAAGCUGUCUUGUGACCAUGAAGGUGACUAAGAUGCCCUUCCAAGCAAGGCUGUUCCCCAAAGUGACCUAGUUCAAGGAUGGUAUGUAGGUGACCAAGAGGAAGCAUGUGUCUGUGGAACUCAGGGAAGACCAGGACCUGCUCACCAUCUCCAAUUGUAUACAUAAAGGCAUCAGCUUGGUCCUAUUCAGCCUCAGAAGUCACAUAGCAACGGCAACUGUGAACCUCAAUGUGCUAGGUGAGGGCACAGCCAUGGAGUUGUUUGAGAGCCCUCAGCUCUCAGUAAUCAAAGAGGGUGGCUGGGAUGGAGGCCCUGGACAGAUAAAGGCAGUUGGCAAGAAGUCCUGGAUUAAGACAGGGGAGGCGGAUGACAAAGUGCCCAGCUUCACCACAGAAGAGGGAAAAGCUUACAUGCGCUGUAUUCUGGUGGUCAGUUGAGAGGGUGGUAGUGACCCACCUGAGACUGAGGAAACCUUUCCUCAUAAUCCCAUAGUUGAGAGAUACUGCCUAGUGUUAAGGAACGCACCUAAGGGUCAGGAUAGGGCUGUUUGGCCACUGAGACAGGACCUACCAUCCAGCUACAACCUUGAGAUGAGAGCUGAAGGCAGCAAGAAGAGUACAAAGUGCAUGGAAGGCGGCAUCUCAGGUACCCGCUACGUGGCAGUGGUCCUCACCAAGAUGCCAAAAAACUUCUUUCAUAUCCAAAUUGUCAGUAAGGCUGGGGUUGGGGACCCUGUGGAGCUAGAUAAGGAUCCAUACCAUGUUACCACCAGAUCUCACCGGCUGGGAGACACAGAUGGAAUACUUCCCAGUGUUCUGGAGCAGUCAGACAUCUUGAAAGACAGCAUCACCAUCAAGGGCUGGAAAACCAUCACCAAGGGCAAAAAUUAGCCCUAAUUCCUCAUUAACAACAUCAAGUGUUCUGACUACAGAGAGUAUCAGAUCUUGCUUCAGAAUGAGUUUGGAGUCACACACUAUGCUGUUUACAUGCUGGUAGCAGGUACAGAGGGCAGCAGAGGCCAUUUGCAGCCACCCUUCUACACCCUGUGUAGCUCCCCACAGCUACUUAAGCAACCUAAGGCACAACUUUUGCGGCCUGCAAACCUAAAGCUAUUUGAAGAGGCCCCCAACACAGUGACUCUGACCUGGAAGCAAAAUCCUGAUCUCCAAGAUGGUGAUGCCUACUGAAGAGGGAUGAAAGUCACCCCCACCUGGUUCACUGCAACUGUGGGUGCCCUCAGUGACAAGUACAUGGUGGCCAGCAGGAAAUGCUACUUCAGAGUGGUGGCUCAAAAUGAAAUAGGUGACAGUGACCCACUGUACUCCAUGGAUUCCUGGCUUGCCAAUAAAGACCACAGUGAAUACAGAACUUGGAAUCUGUGCGUUGUGUCAGGAAUCCCUGAUGGUGAAGAGGACAUAGGGUCCUCCAUUACACCCCCAGAGAUCCCUGAGUCACUCUAG